AUGGCCAUGAGUCCCACUACUUCGACGCCCAGCGAGCCCACAAUGCAAACAGCAACCGUCGAGGAUAUAGCUACCAUCAAAGCUAUGGUCAAUGCCGCAUACUCAGUAUACGUGGAACGAAUGGGAAAGCCACCGGCGCCAAUGUCCGAGGACUGGGCACAAACUCUCCAAACCCACAAUGUUCUCGUUCUAAGAGACAACAACCAAAUCGUCGGGUCUAUCACGUUCCACGUCGCCCAUGAAUCCAACUCCCUCAAAAUUGAUAAUGUAGUUGUACAUUCGGAUAUGCAGGGCCAUGGUUAUGGUCGUUUUCUCAUCAAGCACGUGGAAACGGAAGCUCAGCAACACGGGCUUCCCAGCGUUACUCUGUUUACGAACGCGAAGAUGAUUGAGAAUAUCGGGAUGUAUAGGCGAAUGGGCUUCGUGGAGACGGGAAUGCGAGUCGAAGAAGGAUUCGAACGUGUAUACUUCUGCAAGAGACUUUAG